AUGACCCUGGGCAUCGACGUGUCCCCCCUCUUCAGCGAGAUGGUCAUGGCGAGUGCCACCAACGACCUCGUCCAGAAGAAGAUGGUGUACCUGUACCUUGUGAACUAUGCGGAGAGCAACGCGGACCUGGCCAUCCUUGCGGUGAACACGCUGCAGAAGGACUGCCGGGACGACGACCCUAUGAUCCGCGGUUUGGCGCUGCGGUCUCUGUGCUCACUGAGCCUUCAGAAUAUGGUCGAGUACCUCCAGCCCGCGGUGCAGCGAGCGAUGGAGGACGUGAACGGCUACGUGAGGAAAACCGCCGUGAUCGGUGUCGUGAAGGUGUUUCACAUCUCGAAGUCGGCGGUGGUAGACACCGACCUCCUCCCCACCCUCCAGAGGCUCAUCCACGACAGCGACGCCCACGUCGUCGCGAACGCCAUCUACGCCGUGGACGAGGUGCUCGCGGAGGAGGGCGGCUUCCAGCCCACGCGCGAGCUGGUGACCAACAUGCUGAAUCGCCUAAACCAGUUUUCGGAGUGGGGGCAGUGUGCGGUGCUGAGACUGCUCACGAAGUACCAGGUCGCCGACGAGGGGGAGAUGUUCGACAUCAUGAACAUCCUCGACGCGCUCCUGAAGCAGUCGAGCAGCGCGGUGGUGCUCGCCGUCACCAAGAUCUUCGUGGAUCUGACCAGCAAUCGCCCUGACCUGCAGGGGGAGGUCCUGAGGCGACUCAAGGGCCCGCUGUUGACCCUGAUGGCGGGGGCGACGCCUGAGCUGGCGUACACCGUGCUGGCGCACAUCCAGGCGCUGGUGAACGGCAGCCAGGCGGGCGUCGAAUGUUUCGCUCCCGACUUCAAGCAGUUCUACUGCAGAUACAACGAGCCCUCGUACAUCAAGACCGUGAAGAUAGAGAUCCUCACCGCCCUGGCCGACGAGGGCAGCGCCGAGCCGAUCGCUGGGGAGCUGGGCGAGUACGUGACCGAUGUGGAUGCGGAGAUCGCUCGCCGCGCCAUCCGUGCCAUCGGGAAGGUCGCGGUGCGGGCGCGGCGCGGCGGGGGCACGGGCUGCGCGCCGCGGGGGGCUGGCGGCGACAGCGGCGGCUCUGCAGCCCAGCCUCCCUCGGAGGAGAUGAUCGUGUCGUCGCUGACGGGGCUGCUCGAGCUGGACAUCGACUACGUCAGCACCGAGGCCGCGGUGGUGAUGAAGGACCUCGUGCGGAAGUACCCGCAGCAGUUCCAGCGGGCGUCCGGGGCCGUGGAGCGGUGCAUGAAGAUCGUCGCGGAGCCGGAGGGCAAGUGCGCGGUGCUCUGGAUCCUGGGCGAGUACGGCCUUCUCAUCGAGGAUGCUCCGUACCUGCUGGAGCCCAUGAUCGACAGCUUCCUGGACGAGCAGAGCGGGGCAGUGUGGCUGGAGAUGCUGACCGCCGCGGUCAAGCUAUUCUUCUGCCGGGCCCCAGAGAUGCAGGGCAUGCUGGGGCGCCUCCUGGCGAAGGCCAUCCAGGAGUCCUCGCACCCCGACGUGCGGGACCGGGCGAUGCUGUAUUACAGGUUGCUGCUUCACUCCCCCGAGGAGGCCCGGCGCGUGAUCUGCGCUCCGAAGGAGGUCGUCGAGGAGUUUCAGGAGGAGAUGGACAACGAGUCUAGGGAGCGGAUCCUCGAGGAGUUCAACACCCUCAGCACGAUCUACAAGCAGCCAGCCACGAAGUUCGUGCUGAGCCAGGGCCCCAACCCAUUCCCGGUGUGCAAGAUGCAGCCCCCCCCCGCCGAUGGGACUGUGGCGCCGCCGGCGGCGGGCGGCGAGGCCCCGUUCGCUGCCGCCCCGCCGCCGGCCGCGGCGGCGCCCGUCGACCUCGCCACCGACGCCGACCUGCUUGGAGGAGAUGGGCCGCCGCCGCCCGCUGCCGCGGCGCCCGCCGCGGCCGCGCCCGCCGCGGCGCCGGUCGGCGACCUGCUGGGCAUGGACGACCUCCUGGGCGGCAUGGACCUCGCGCCGGUGCCCCCGGCCGCGCAGCCGGGCGCCCCGUUCUCCCUCGAGCGGGACGCGAGGAUGGACGGUGCCACCUUCGAGGCCCGCUGGUACCAGCUGCCCGGCGCGACGAACGAGAGCAGGCAGUGCCGGCCGGGCGUGUCGCCCGACAUUGCGCAGGUGGAGGGGAGCCUGCGGCAAGCGGGCAUCCACGUCAUCGCCAGCGGCGUCAUCCCAGGAUCGGCGGGGAUGAAGUUUUUCCUCUUCGCUCAGCAGGCCUCGGGGCCGCCCCCGUCGGCCCCCGGGGGCGCCUGGUUCCUCAUGGAGCUGGUCUUGACGCCGGGCGCCUGGGCGAACGCGACGGUCAAGGCGGAGGGCGCGCAGCAGGCGUCGCUGGAGGGCUUCCGCGCCUGCUUCUGGCAGGCCAUGGCGCCCUACUGCGCCUGA